CUGCCAUCUAUGGUCAAACAUGCUAGCUGCGUGACCCGGAUGUGGUGUUGUGUUUAUUUUGGGCUGAUUUUUACGAAUCUAAAUAGCAGGUUUUGCAUUAAUGAUGCGAUCUAGGUUCCGAAACAAACGGCAGUGACACAGUUUUACAGCACAGGUCGCUGUUUGGAAGUAAAUCGAACCACGAACCGCUAGCUAGCUUCCUAGCUUCCAUUACGUCCCUUUUCUUCUUUCUUAACCUGGGUUCGAUCGAACCCUAUAAGUUUGGUGAGUCGGUCUCAGGGGUUCGGCAGAGCCUCCACUGCGGAGGUCAAAACACACCUGAUUUAUUGUGUAAAUUCGUGACGAUGCAUAUCUAAACUGGUCUCGCAAAGGCAACAGCAGAAUUCACACUGAUUUGCAGGAUUGGCGUGAUUUUACAUUGUCUCCAUAUCAGGGAAACAUGAACCAGCACCGAUCCCACAAUUCCAGCUUUCAGCACAAGCAGCAACCAUGCAAGAGAUGGAGAGAUUAUCAUGAACAAAAUGACAGAGGAGAUAGUAAAUCUUCCAAACCAAACCACCAGCAGCACCGCUCCUCUGGGCCACCGAGCCCUCAAACUUUGAGCACCAGCAGUGAGCUGUACGAAAGAGACUUCCCCUUGUACAAGCAGCCAGUCGAAGUUGGUUGCUUUUCCUUAGACUCAGAACGCAGGUUCUUCAACGAUAGCAGACAGAUGAGGUACUACGUGGAACCUGAGAAAAGCCCAUACUUUAACCUGCGGGAAGGGUAUAGGGACCGUUAUGUAAAGAGAGACGAAAGUGUGAAAGAAAAGCUGGACCACAUCCUCCGAUGGAUCCUGGCCAACAGACCGAAGCUGACACGGAGGUCGGACGCGUCGUCUUCAUCCAGAGGUUUCGAUGUGGACUUUGUGACGUGGCGAGGCCAUUUGACCAAACUUUUGACCACGCCCUACGAGACGCAGGAGGGCUGGUUGCUGGCCGUCACCAAUUUCAAGGGCACCCUCUACGUCAGCGAGGUGGAAACAGACACCGCUCGCCGGGACCGAGAGAAUCGCACCGGGAGACACCGUGAAAUGAUGUACUGGGGCUACAAGUUUGAGCAGUACAUGUGUGCAGAUAAGAUGGACGGCUACCCCGAUUCGAGCGGCAGGGUCAACACCAACGAGGCCUUCUGCACGGUGGUGCAAACGCGUCUCUCGGAUCACAGGCUACUCUUCUCCGGCGAGGUGGACUGCCGCGACAAAGAUCCGGGAGCUCCGGCACCUCCCGCCUGCUACGUGGAGCUCAAGACGUCCGCGGAGAUUCGCACCCCCAAACAGCGCCGCAACUUUCACAGGUUCAAGCUGCUCAAGUGGUGGGCACAGUCCUUCCUCCCCGGAGUCCCUCGCGUCGUGGCUGGCUUCCGGGAUGAUCGCGGAGUCGUUGUCUCCGUGGAGACCUUUCGCAUCUCCGAGAUUUCGCGGCUCAUCAAGGCCGAGGACAACUGUUGGAGGCCAACCGUUUGCAUGAACUUCUGCAGCGACUUCCUGUCGUUUGUCAAGCGUGUGGCGACCCAAGACGAUCCUCGAGUGGUCUAUCUGUUGGGCUGGAACCCCGGCUGUGAUGUGACAUACUCGGUCCACAGGGACUCCUCUUAUUCUUUCCUGCCGGACUGGUACGUCAAGGAAAUGAGCUAAAGAUUCUCGCGUGAGAGGUGCCCUUGCUCAACAAAGACUCCAGAUCCUUUUUUUUUUUUAAAGGCCGAUUAAAUAAGAACACGCAACAACAAACGUUCACACAAAGAUCUGUCGAAACCGCAGCAUCGGCGCUCUUACAGAAGCGCUGGCAGCUUGUAGCGUUUUGAUGCAGCGUGCCGCAAUCAGGUGAAGGUGUGUGUUGUGGCCUAGCAACACGGCGUGUGGGAGAAACGUGAGAAAUGCUAAAAUGUCAUGCUCAUGUGGAAAUUUCAAAAGUGGCUAUCAUCUGCUGCUAUUUUUCAAAGAAAUUAAAAAAAUCCAUUCUUUA